CACGCCCAUUGGCAGACAGGGCCACACCUCACGGCUCUGGGGAAAGCCACAGACCUCAGAAAGCCACAGGCUCUGUACUAGUAGGAGCAGAGCCUGGACUAGAGGAACUUUCCACAGGACUCAGGGCACACAGCCCCACGGCCACGACCGUGUGUGAGCCCGAGGUGCAGGGGGGCGCCGGUGGCUGCAGGUACGCUGCGCACCAGCAUCAGGGACUGGGCGGUGCAGCGGCGGCAGCCGCCGGGGCCAGUGUGUAAGCCGGCUUGCCCGGGAGAGCCGCAUCCCCCUGCGGCCCCUCGCAGCCUCCUCGCUUCCCGGGAGCCGCUGCCGCUUCAGGGCCGCCCAGCGUGGCGCUCGGGGCAGGACCACCCCGCCGCCCGCCUCGGCCCAGAACAUGGCUGCGCGCCCUGCCGCCACCCUCGCCUGGUCGCUGCUGCUCCUUUACUCAGCCCUGCUCCGCGAAGGCUGCCGGGCGCGCUUCGCCGCCGAACUGGACUCGGAGGACGACGGAGAGGAGCCGGCGGUUUUCCUGGAGUCGCCCCUGCAGAGCCCCACGGUGCUCGUGGCUGUCCUCGCCCGCAACGCGGCGCACUCACUGCCGCACUUCCUAGGCUGCCUGGAGCGGCUGGACUACCCCAAGAGCAGGAUGGCCGUCUGGGCAGCCACUGAUCACAAUGUGGAUAAUACAACCGAAAUACUCAGGGAGUGGUUGAAAAAUGUACAGAGACUCUAUCACUAUGUGGAGUGGAGGCCUAUGGAUGAACCAGAGUCUUAUCCUGAUGAAAUUGGACCAAAGCACUGGCCAAGCUCCCGGUUUGCCCAUGUGAUGAAACUACGACAGGCAGCCCUUCGAACUGCGAGGGAAAAAUGGUCAGACUACAUUCUGUUCAUAGAUGUCGACAAUUUCCUGACUAAUCCACAGACCCUCAAUCUACUGAUUGCAGAAAACAAAACUAUCGUGGCCCCCAUGCUGGAGUCUCGGGGCCUGUAUUCUAAUUUCUGGUGUGGAAUCACCCCUAAGGGCUUCUAUAAGAGGACCCCAGACUACGUUCAGAUUCGAGAGUGGAAGAGGACAGGCUGCUUCCCCGUCCCCAUGGUCCACUCCACCUUCCUAAUUGACCUCAGGAAGGAGGCCUCAGACAAGCUGACUUUCUACCCCCCACACCAGGACUACACUUGGACGUUUGAUGACAUCAUCGUCUUUGCCUUCUCCAGCAGGCAAGCAGGCAUCCAGAUGUACCUCUGCAACAGAGAGCACUAUGGCUACCUGCCCAUCCCCCUGAAGCCCCAUCAAACGCUGCAGGAGGACAUCGAGAACCUCAUCCACGUGCAGAUUGAAGCAAUGAUUGAUCGUCCUCCAAUGGAACCCUCCCAGUAUGUCUCAGUUGUCCCUAAAUAUCCAGACAAGAUGGGAUUUGAUGAGAUUUUCAUGAUAAACCUCAAGCGCAGAAAGGACCGGCGGGACCGGAUGCUGCGCACACUGUAUGAGCAGGAGAUUGAGGUCAAGAUUGUCGAGGCUGUGGAUGGAAAGGCACUCAACACAAGCCAGCUGAAGUCCCUGAAUAUUGAAAUGCUCCCUGGCUAUCGAGAUCCCUAUUCCUCCAGGCCUCUAACCAGGGGCGAAAUUGGCUGCUUUCUCAGCCACUACUCAGUCUGGAAAGAGGUAAUUGACCGAGAACUAGAGAAGACUCUUGUAAUUGAAGAUGAUGUGCGUUUUGAGCAUCAGUUUAAGAAGAAGCUAAUGAAGCUGAUGGAUGAUAUCGACCAGGCUCAGCUGGACUGGGAACUGAUUUAUAUUGGUAGGAAGAGGAUGCAAGUGAAGGAACCAGAAAAAGCGGUGCCCAAUGUGGAAAACCUGGUCGAAGCUGACUAUUCCUACUGGACCCUGGGCUACGUCAUCUCUCUGGAAGGAGCACAGAAGCUGGUUGGAGCCAAUCCUUUCGGGAAGAUGCUGCCAGUGGACGAGUUUCUGCCAAUCAUGUACAACAAGCAUCCUGUAGCUGAGUACAAGGAGCAUUAUGAAUCCAGGGACCUGAAAGCCUUCUCUGCAGAACCCUUGCUCAUCUACCCUACACACUACACAGGCCAGCCGGGGUACUUGAGUGACACGGAGACCUCCACCAUCUGGGACAACGAGACAGUGGCCACUGACUGGGAUAGGACACAUGCCUGGAAGUCCCGGAAGCAAAGUCGCAUCUACAGCAAUGCCAAGAACACAGAGGCCCUGCCACCGCCAACCUCCCUGGACACUGUGCCUUCGAGGGACGAGCUGUGAAGCCUCCCUGGGAGUGUGACCCCCAUCGGUGCACAUCCUUCGGUUUUUCUAAAGGGCUACUCAUCUGGGUGUUCCAGUUUUCUGUUUUGUUUUUAGUGGUCACAGUCAUCUAACCAAAGUGAUCUAAUGUGAUAGAUCGAAAUUAAUAUAUUUUUGACAGUGGAGGGAAAUAAGGAAAUUCAACCCAAAUUUCCCAAGAUGGCUAACAGACAGGCUUUCUAGAAACCGUUAAACUGUAAUCCAGACACGGAAUUCCUCAGUUCACUACCCAUAUGACACUGAUUCCCACACGAAGGUUGAACAACAUGGCUUAGAGUCUUGUCCAAGAGAGUGAUCACCAAGCUGUCCCAUCAGCAAGUGGGUAGUCAAGGCAGCCAGGCCAGCUAGACCACACUUACUGGUCUAAUUGGCCAUUUUGUGUGACAAAUGUGACCUUGAAAACUCCAAGCCAACUGGGCAACCUUUAUUGGUCUAGUUUGUCCAUUUUAUAUGACAUUGAAAACUUUUAUAUGCAAUGAUUGGGAGACGAGAAUCAGUCACUUAAAAUCAUAUUAAUUUGGCUUUUUAUUUAAAGAAUUCUAUAAUGAGCCUUAUUGCAAAGUAGAUUUUUUAAAAAAUCUUAGUCCUUGUAUGCAAUAGGGAUGGGUAUAUAGGUCUGGCUGAGACUUGGCCUGUGACCAUCAUGGCGGUUGAAGCUCUCAUAUAGAGGUGACCAGUUUGCCAUGUGGAUAUAAAUUAGUAGAUAAUUGACAGUUUGUGUAGGUAUUUGAGGGAAAAAACUCAAUAUUUGGCUUUUUUAAAAAUUAUGGCCACUGAGUCAGGAUGCUGUAUUUAUAAACAUAAAUGUAAUAUAUAAAGGGUGAGGGCUGUGUGUGCAUCCUGCCCCGUCCCGGGUUUGCACACUGCUGUGGAGCCUCACGCUCUCCACUCCACCCCUAGCCUGGGAACCCACAGCAGGUGUGCUUUUUUGAGUCACUGCUAAGAGACAGAGCACAUUUUCAGGCCAGCAACUAUCCUUGCCUGGCCUUUUCAUUAUAUUUUGAAUUAUUUAUUUUGCAAAAUGUGGGGAAGACAUUGUCUUUAGGAUGAGGCGGAGAAACAGAUGUUGCAGACUUCCACCGAGCCCAGGGGAGCAGUGGGGGUGGACAUACUGUUCGGCAAUCUGAUUCUCCUGACUUUCCCAGCCAGGCUCCUGCAGGGAGGCCUGUGGAUGGGGCUCUGAACUGUUUUGAAACAAAUGAUUCUCUAUGUCAGGUGAGAAACCUGGUUGGAAACAAAGGGCUGGUCAACUGAUUUAGGCCAGCAACCAGGGAAGCUGUUGGAAUCAGAAUCCUGGGCAGACACCCUCUCUUAAAAAAUAUCCCCUAAGAGUCCUUUCUGCUUUCUUCACACAUUGAUUUUAUGUAAAAUGCAGAGUUGGGCUGCAUAAUUUCUUCCCACUCCACAAUCUGUCGCCCUAGUAUAGAUCAUGGCGGUUUUCCUCUAGUGUACAUUCUCACGCCCUCAAUCUGUAAAUUUUUGUCUCCAGAAAAACCCUCCCAGUCAUCCCAUACAAGCACCCUUCCUCCUCAGUGUCCAUGCACCCUUCCUCCUCAGUGUCCAUGCACCCUUCCUCCUCAGUGUCCAUGCACCCUUCCUCCUCAGUGUCCAUGCACCCUUCCUCCUCAGUGUCCAGGCACCCUUCCUCCUCAGUGUCCAGGCACCCUUCCUCCUCAGUGUCCAUGCACCCUGCAGCCACAUAGUGGGGCUGUGCACAUGCCAAACCUUGAGCUUCACACUUAAGACUCAUGGGGAGGGCCCUUCAGAGCAGAGCCCGUGGCAGGCAGUGCUGCAUGUACAAGCUUAGUGAACAAACGUAAGAUAAACUUUAAGCCAGAUACCUAAUUCUUCAGUUCACUGCCUAUGUGAUACUGAUUCUCACAUUAAGGUUAAACAGCAUGGCUCAGUCUAAAGAAAAUGAUCACCAAGCUGUCCCAUCCACAAACAGGUAGUUAAGGCAGCCCGGCAGCCUCACCUCCCCAGGUGAGGGGCGGAUCCCCAGAUUAGGACAAUAGGCAGCUUGCCUUCCACCAGACGCCAGCCCUGACCUUCCUUCCCGACUCACCGUGGAUACCGUUGUCCACUGACCAGCAAGCCGGGGCACUGAGGAAAGGGGUCUCGCCCAACUCCAAAUGGCACCGCUGAGACUUAGCUGCCAAGAGCAUCUGGGGAGUAAGUGGAAAAUCCUUAGGUGAUUCCUAAGAUUUCCUUGGGUAUCUGGUUUUUGUUUGCAUAUGUGAGUGUGUGCAUGUGUGCAUGGCCUUAAUGAUUUUUUUAACAAGGUGGGAGGUUGCUGAGGUGCUGGGGGUGAAGGAAGUUUGGGUUGAUUUUUGUGUUAUUUUGUUUAAUAGAGAAUUUUUUCUCCUGUUUCUCUGUCAGCUGGUCUGACAGAUUUAAGAACUCUCAUUCUUAAGAGACAUUGGACUUAAAUUCUAGCAUUUUAGACUAGGACUGUUGUACUGUGAAGAAAGUUCUGGCUCUGUUCGCCCGGUUUGUUUCUCCCUACUCAGGCUUCAAAUCCCAAGCAGUGUUCUUUUCUGGUGAACGUUGUGAGCUGCAGAUGUGACUUUGUUUUUAAGUCAUCUCUUCGGCAAUCCAGAGGUUCCUUGACCUCAUUAAUUGUCCCAUCUCUCCCUUUUAGUCCUAAGCCAAGACAUUUGACCUUUUCAGUGUCACAUGAGGUCAUGAGUGUAGAGGCCUUUGCAUCUGGCCCUGUCACCCGCUCUCUGCCUCUGGAGGCUAAACCCUGUCUGAAUUCCUCUUGGGAUCUAACGUGGGAUAUUCUGGGCAGACAACCGUGAUGUCAGCAGUGCUGGUGCUGCUGUGUGUGGACUGAACACCUGCACUUUGCAGGGGACACACUGCGUGGGCCCCACUUGGGGUUCACUCAGGCCUGCUGCAGGAGCUCUGGAGAACGAGAAAGAGCUGACACCCAGCACCCUGCAUCAUCUGUCUUGCUGUGCUGUUUCAGGGUGAGGAAGUGAUCAACUAUUUGCCUUCUGGAGCUCUUUGUGAAAAAUUAAAAAAACUUAGCUCAA